AUGAAGGAGUAUUUUGUGAUGGUUGAUGGGAACUUUAUGGAAGGUUUGCUAGUAUUCCUGAAAUUUGGGGUUGUUUGUCAGUAUGCUUUUCUUCAUGCUUGCUUCUCUACAGUAAUUGAGCACGUAGCUGAUCCUGCUGAAUUCUGCAAGUCUCUGGCAGCAUUAGCUGUUCCUGAUGGAGCAGCUGUGAUAUCAACAAUUAACCGUUCUAUGACAUCAUAUGCAACUGCCAUUGUUGCAGCAGAGUACCUCCUCCGUUGGCUUCCCAGAGGUACACACGAGUGGUCAAGUUUUCUCACUCCCGAGGAGCUAGUCCUGAUCCUUCAACGUGCCAAUAUUAGUGUCCGAGAGAUGGCCGGAUUUGUGUACAACCCCUUCACACGAAGGAGGUCUCUAUCCGAUGAUAUUAAUGUAAAUUUCAUUGCUUUCGCUACGAAAAACAGUCAAUAA